CCAAAACCCAUAUUAAUUAAACCAUUUACCAGAAUUACCACUCUUCAUUUUUUUCUCCCGCUGCAAAAUCUCUCUCUCUCUCUCCUCGGAAAAAUCAGCAAACAUGUUUUUCCACAUAAUACUUGAAAGAAAUAUGCAACUUCAUCCUCGUCACUUUGGUUCUCGUCUUCGUGAUAAACUCAUCUCCAAGCUCAUGAAAGAUGUUGAGGGUACUUGCAGUGGGCGUCAUGGAUUUGUGGUGGCAAUUAUGGGAAUUGAGCAUGUUGGCAAAGGGUUAAUUAGAGAUGGAACUGGGUUUGUUACUUUUCCUGUGAAAUACAAAUGUGUUGUUUUUAGGCCUUUUAAAGGUGAGAUUCUUGAAGCUGUUGUUACCAUGGUUAAUAAGAUGGGUUUCUUUGCUGAAGCUGGUCCUGUUCAAGUUUUUGUGUCUAAUCAUUUGAUUCCGGAUGAUAUGGAGUUCCAAUCUGCAGAUACACCAAAUUAUACUACUUCAGAUGGUUCAGUUAAGAUUCAGAAGGACAGUGAAGUGCGGCUGAAAAUUAUUGGAACUCGAGUUGAUGCUACAGAAAUUUUCUGCAUUGGUACGAUAAAAGAUGAUUUCCUGGGCGUGAUAAGUGACCCUGGCACAGCAGUAUAGAAAGAGCUCCAUCUAUGAAGUCUCAUCCUCUUCAAAACGCAGAAGCUUUAAUAUUAAAACAGCCAGAUGCAAUUGUGUAGAAAUUUUUUGUUUCAGGAACUUGGAUCCACGGAGUUGUAUAUCCAGGAAUACUGAACAUAAUUGAGAUGCGUUUAUUCUCUGUUUCUCUUGUAGUUUGUCUAGGUUGGAGUCUGUCUAUCGGUAUCUAUUUUUACAACACAUCUUGUUCGUGAUUUUUGGGCUCCAAGAAACGGAAUCAAUUACCAAUUCUCUUUCUUUU